AUGCAGCCCCCAAACAGAAGCGGUGGCGCAUGCAAGCGGGAGGAAGCAGCAGCAAGAGACAGGGGGAGCAGCAGCAGCAGGGAGACGGGGAAGCAGCAGCAGCAAGGCAGCGGGGGGAGCAGCAGCAGCAGACAGGCGCGGCAAAGAGCAGCAGCAGCGCGAGAACGCGCAGCAGCAGCAGGAAGCAGCAGCAAGAGACAGGGGGAGCAGCAGCAGCAGGGAGACGGGGAAGCAGCAGCAGCAGGGCAGCGGGGGGAGCAGCAGCAGCAGACAGGCGCGGCAAGGAGCAGCAGCAGCGCGAGAACGCGCAGCAGCAGCAGCAGCAGGGCGGCGCGGCAAGGAGCAGCAGCAGCGCGAGAACGCGCAGCAGCAGCAGCAGCAGCAGCAGCAGCAGCAGCAGCAGACCUACUGAGGAGUUUCCUGUUGAGGUGUUUGCGGAGCAGCGGCGAGCCGACGCAAAGGACCCAAACGCUGGAGCCAAAAAGGGCCCCGAAGCUGCAGUUCAAAAAGGCCCGCAGCAGCAGCAGCAGCAAAGGGUGGUUUUCGGUUUGCUGCAGCAGCGAGGGCGCGAGCGACAGCGCCGGGGGCGCGCACAGCAGCAGCGCAGCAGCGCCGCUGCCCGCGGCCACCAGCGGCAGCUUGCUCAGGCAGCCAGCCAUCCUCAGCAGCAGCAGCAGCAGCAGCAGCAGCAGCAGCAGCAGCAGCAGCGGCGGCGGCGGCGGCGGGGGCGGGGGAGGGGAGCAGCGGCGGGAAGCAGAAGGCAAGAAGGGCCGGGGGGAAGCGAAGGGGGCGGGAGAGCGCGGAGAGGCAGCAGCAGCAGCAGCAGCAGCAGCAGCAGCAGUGGCUCCAACAGCAGCAGGCGCAGCCCUCUCAGUCUUUUCUUUUCUGCGCCGCCCCUUCCCUGGGCGCCUUGGCGCCGCGGCACUGCCCCUGCAGCAGCAGCAGCAGCAGCAGCAGGUGCAGCAGCAGCAGCAGCAGCAGCAGCAGCUGGGCUGCAGGUGGGAGGCCCCUGCUCUUUCCAAAACAGCAACUCAAAGGGCCCCCAGCUGCCUUCUUGUCCAGGGCAAAAAGUUCACCUCCGUGGGCCGCUCUUCGGUGUCUAGACACUACAGAAUCCGCGGCCGCCCGCGGCUGCGAAAGGCCACCGGCCUUCCGGCGAAUCCGAUAACGUUGCCGGCGCGAAGGUGCAUGCUGCUGGGGAAAAUGGACAACCGGAAGGCGAAGCGGGGCCUCAAAACCAUCAAGAAGUACGGACUGCAGCGAGCAGCAGACAAGUUCGGACUCAACCUCGCGGACAAGAGGCUCUUCGCCGGCUACUCCCACAGAGGAAAGUACCGAAAUAUGGUGCUGCCGGAGGCCUCAGGGGGCCCCCCAGGGGGGCCCCCAGGGGGGCCCCCAGGGGGCCCCAUAGGGGGGCCCCCUGCGACUGUGUCUGCUGCUGGGGCCCCCGUCUGA